CCAGUUAAGCACAGAACAAAGUCGCAUAGAACAGCAGUAACAUAUCGUUGGCGUCGUCGGUAUUACCGAAUCAACUAGCAAGCGGUCACAACGUAUCGGCCGAGGUAGAAUUAAGAGGGAAUAUUUACAAUUUUAUGCAAAACAUAAACUCAUUGCACACCAUAUAAGUAGAAUAGAAAGAAAGCGUGGCUGGUAUGAAAUUGAAGAACUUUAAAUGCUAAAACGGUAAUAACCACUACAAACGGUAAUAACCACUACAAACGGUAACAACCCCUACAAACGCUCGUUUUCCCGCGAAAUAAGAUGGCGUAGAACCCGCUCAAGAAACCGACUUUUUUCACUCUCUUGUGCUUACGUGAUCUUGUGUCGUUCGUUCAUGCUGUGACCCGAUUGAGAAAAUACAAAGGUUGCGCCGAUCUCGGACCGCUAUUCCUCUCUUAAGAAAUUUGACAGAAUCGUUGUUUGCAUGGCGUCACACUUGUGCAACUUGUUUACGUUUUCCUUGCAACAUUUUUUCUUCUUCUUCCAUUCUUGCUCACGUUUUGGCAUUUCUCUCUCGCAAUUGCACCAGUGUGACGUCACACAAAAGUUAUUCUCAAAAAUCCUCUCUGAUCGGCGCAAUCUUGUAUUCUAUCAAUCUUGAUGCUGUGAACCGCUAACUCAAUUUACACAGACGAACGAGAGCACAAAGCGUGUUGCCCGAGCACGAGCAACUCGGUGCCUCUCUCCUUUUUUCGUCACGCUCUCUCCAACAAACGUCGAGUUGCGGCAACAAAAAUCGCCGUGUUUGAAUGAGCACUUAUCAAGCUUAUUAAUUGUAUGUAGAAAUCUCCAAAAGCGUAGAUUUUGAAUUACAACUCUAUGUUAUUAAACGUGCGAUAUGUAUGUAUGUAUAUACGUUCGCUAUUACGUUAUCAUAUAUAGUUGUCUCUUUUCAAUUAAAUAUUAUUAUGCUACAAAUAUCGCGUUAAAUAAUGCAAAAAAUGCCACAUGAAUAUCGCUAAGCUGCAAAUGUGUUGGUUUUUAUUUACAAUUUUGUAAGUGGAUUGGAUAAUGCGUUAUGUCGGUUCUGCUGGGUAUAUACCAGCGUGAAAUAUGUUCCCCAUUGCAAAAAAAAAAAGUAUUUUGAAAGGUAUAUGUAUGUGCAUAUCACAUUCUAUGCAUAUACUAUGUAUAUGUACAUUUGUAUGUAUAAAACGAAUAAGAACAAAUUAAAAAAAUAAAACGUACUUUGUAUAUGUAGACACACACUUAUAAGUACAUACAUCAACUAAAAAGAACAACCAAAAAUGGUUUAUUACCAAUCAACCCCACUGGUGAUUAAAACAGAAAAGCCUAGCCAAGCGCAGUUCUGCACUCCGCUACAAACAGUUACCACUUCUGAAACAAUGACAAACCUCGAAACGGCAAUCGUAACCCAUAAACAACAGGAACAUCAGUUGCAGCAAAGCACUACGAAUGUAUAUAACCAGUAUGGAAAUGUCGCUAUAACGCUGCAAGAACAACACGAAUCUUCACCAUUACCUCACACAAGUAUUAUACCUAGCAAUACAACACAAACCUCCACAAAGAAUCUUUCUACGAAUCAUGCAUCAAAUAUUACUUUACAUGCCAAUAUAAAAUCGGAGCCUAACGCUGGUCUAUAUGGACGCCCCAUAUCGGAAAUAUCAACAAAUUCCGAAUCCACAGCGCUAGCUUUCCAUAGUUGCAUAACAGUCGCAUCCAACGCUCAAACGGCAAUAAGCCGCAAGCUAACUGUUAAUAAGCCACAAUUCAAAUGCGAACAAUGUGGAAUGACCUUUGGUAGUAAAUCGGCUCAUACUUCUCAUACCAAGUCUCAUGCGAAAAGCACCGCAUUGGUGGGUGGCGUUGCUAUGCAGGCUGCAAGAUUGGGUGAAACUACCGAGGCUGGUGUGCCAACGAGUAUUCCGAAGACACCCGAUAUGGCUGGAGUCGCUGGGGGUGAUCCAUAUCAGUGCAAUGUUUGCCAAAAGACAUUUGCAGUACCCGCAAGGCUGAUUCGACAUUAUCGAACCCACACUGGCGAAAGGCCUUUUGAAUGUGAAUUUUGUCACAAGCUUUUCAGCGUAAAGGAAAACCUUCAGGUGCAUCGCCGCAUACACACCAAAGAACGACCGUACAAAUGUGACGUUUGCGAACGAGCAUUCGAGCACUCGGGCAAGUUGCAUCGGCACAUGCGUAUCCACACCGGCGAGCGACCACACAAGUGCUCCGUCUGCGAGAAGACCUUUAUUCAAUCCGGACAGCUGGUCAUUCAUAUGCGAACACAUACCGGAGAAAAACCUUAUAAAUGCCCGGUUGAGGGCUGUGGCAAGGGAUUCACCUGCUCCAAACAGCUCAAAGUACAUUCGCGUACUCACACGGGCGAAAAGCCUUACCAUUGCGAUAUUUGCUUCCGUGAUUUCGGUUACAACCAUGUUUUAAAGCUACAUCGUGUGCAGCAUUACGGAUCCAAAUGCUACAAAUGCACGAUUUGCGAUGAGACGUUUAAGAGCAAAAAGGAGAUGGAGGCGCAUAUCAAAGGUCAUGCCAAAGAAUUUCCAGAUGAUGAUGACGAUGCUGGAGCUGUAGCUGGAUCAGCACCGACUAGCAAGAACGGGCAUAUCGGUAAUUCUACAUCGAGCAGCUCGUGUGGUGAAGCUAUAUCAGCGCCUGGUUCACCUAUGUCACCAGCCACCUCCACAGCCGCUAUCGCCAAAAGACGAAUAAUAAAAGAGCAGCGUAUUGGAGCACCGUCUCUUAGAACAACCUCUUCCAUUUUACCCAAUCCAGCAUCACCCAGCUCCCCUCAGUCUACACUGUCGUCCGGCUCAUCGAUUGCAUCUGCGUCACGUCUCUCUACAGGUUCACCAGAAUCUUUGCCCACAUCGCCGCCGAUUGCGCAUGCUUUAGAAAUAGAUCACCAUAGUCGAGACAGUGGGGUGGUUAGCGCCAGCAAUAAUCGUCAAUUAUCACUUUCCUUAUCCGCUGUAAAUUCAAAUGAAUACAAUGCACAGCAGUCCGUUACUUUCAUAAUUGAAGAAUUGCCGACAGACCUAAGCAAGCAGCACAUACAACAACAAUUGCAUCACUCAGCCGCUACAAUAUUGUAUCAAGGCAAUCAGAUACAGAAUUCAUUAAACUAUCCAACCACAGCAGCUCCAUCGACUUAUAGUUACCAUCAGCUGCAGCACCGCAGAACAGACUUAGAUGGGUCUGUGAUGGAACCGCCCACUAUCAAUCCAGCUUUGCUUGAAGCAGCAUCAAUUGUGAGACAACUCGACAUGCUAGAUUCCCACCGCGAAGAAGAAACUGGGAAUGCGGCAGUAGCGUUAAAUCAGCUACAAAGCAGUAAAAAUCAGCAGCAGCAGCAAAAACAUUUAGAAUAUCAAAAUCGACAAGAACUUAAUUCAUCUGAGUAUGAAAUCCAGAGAUCGUCAAAUACACCAACGACUUCGUAUGCAUCCCAACGCCUGUCGCUCAGUCACGAUCUAUCCCAAUACGAUGAUACACUGGAGGCAAACGAAUUGAUUGAACAUUACAAGCGGGGUGAGCUCGCGCGACAUGGACUGCACAAAGGAUAUGCGCCGGUGCCUAAAUUUGAACCUUCACCACUCAACAACGAGAUUGUUCGCCAAGUGGAGGCGGCGAUAGCGCCACUGCGAUCUUCAACAGAAUCACCCGAACGUUCAUCAUCUCCCGAGAGCGAUUCUAUGAUGAUGGCCGAUCGCGAUGUAAUGACAUUACCGUUGCGCAAACGUAAGCUUUACAUGCACGAAGGAUCGCCAAUCGCUGCAGCAGCUGUUAAUGUCUCUACACGAGAUAUUGAUAAUGCGUUAAGUCACAUUGCACCGACAUCGGGCAACAGUGAAUCGAAUCAUGCACUUAGCGCCACGGUUAGUGCCAACCAUGAAAACGGAGCAAAGGUGAUGCGUAUGAGUUCGGUUAUACAGUUUGCCAAAGCCUCAUAAUUUGUCAGGCGAUAGAAAAGCUUUAUUAACGAAAACAAUUAAAGACUGUUUCAAAAAUAUUUGUAUUUAAUGCCGCAAAAUAACAUUGCUGAUUUUAAAUACGCUGCGCUAGAUUAUAGAUUAUCUGUACGGUUCAGAUUAAAUCCAAAAGUCUAUGUAGAUGCUAAUAUUGAAAA